AUGAAAACAAGAAAAGGAAAACGCUCAGAGGUGUUUUGGCCCUCCACAGUGAUGAAGAAAUGGUUGAAUAUAAAGCAAAAAGUGUAUGAUUUUAGCGAAGAUGAAGCGGAUACUGAAACCGAAAGCGAUGAUGAUGAUACAUCUUGCAAAGACUACAAGACGAGACGACACAAAAGAGGAAAAUCAGAAACUUUGCGCGUUCAGUACAUAAAUACAAAGGAAGUGAGAGUAACAAUUGGUACUUGGAAUGUUGCUGGAGUACCUCCAUGUAAUGAUCUUGAUAUUGAAGACUGGCUUUGUACUAAAAAACCAGCAGAUAUUUACAUUAUUGGUUUUCAAGAGGUGGUUCCAUUGAAUGCUGGGAAUGUGCUAGGAGCUGAAGAUAAUAAACCUAUUUCGAAAUGGGAAGAAAUCAUUAGAAGAACUCUAAACAAAUCAUCUGAACAUGAAACCAAACAGAAAAGCUAUAGUGCACCAUCUUCUCCUGUUAGAACAAAUUCUUCACUUGAUACACAAAUGAAUCAACUAGCUAUGGUGGAUGAGGGAGAGAAAACCAUAAUUGGUAUAGAAAAGAAUCUUCAAUUGAGAAAAAUAUAUGACAUUGAUCUUCAAACUAUACUUGAUUGGCCUGAAAGUCCAUUAGAUGAAACUCGUAACUUUGAUUCGACUCCAAAGUUGCGUAGAGUACUAAGCAGUUCGGCUAAAAUUGGAUUUAAUUUGAUGGAUAGUGCUUCAAUGUAUGGUUAUGGAAAGAAAAGUUUAUACCGAAGUUCUGGAAAUUUGAGUUUGUUAUGGAGAGAAAAACAACAAGAAACGGUUCCUCGAGUAGUUGAUGUAUCUGAUAUGUCAUCUGAUGAAGAAAAUGACAGUUUCGACGAACUACAAGAUAAAAAAGAUGUUAGUGAGAAAUCACAUCCUAAGUAUGUUAGGAUCGUGAGUAAGCAGAUGGUGGGAAUAUAUGUGUCUGUUUGGGUACAAAGGAAGCUGAGAAGGCAUAUUCAUCAUUUGAAAGUUUCUCCUGUUGGAGUUGGUCUUAUGGGCUAUAUGGGAAACAAGGGGUCUGUUUCGGUUAGUAUGUCUGUUUUUCAGUCGCGUAUGUGCUUUGUCUGUUCCCAUCUUGCUUCUGGUCAAAAAGAUGGAGCGGAACAAAGACGAAACUCAGAUGUUAAUGAAAUUCUACAACGCACUCGUUUCUCUUCAGUCUUCGACUCAGAUCAACCACGCACGAUUCCAUCGCACGAUCAAAUUUUCUGGUUUGGAGAUUUGAAUUACCGUAUCAAUAUGUCGGAUGGCGAGGUUCGGAAGCUAGUAGGUCUAAAAAAUUGGGAUGAACUCAUGAAUUAUGACCAGCUAAGCAAUGAAUUAUGUAAUGGACAUGUAUUUGAGGGAUGGAAAGAAGGGUUGGUAAAUUUUCCACCUACUUACAAAUAUGAAUUCAACUCCGAUAAAUAUGCGGGCAAGUUCACACAAGAAGGCGAAAAAAAGAGAUCUCCGGCAUGGUGUGAUCGCAUAUUGUGGAUAGGAAAAGGAAUAAAGCAACUUGAGUAUCAAUGUGCAGCAAAUAAGCUCUCGGAUCAUCGACCAGUUAGUUCAAUCUUCUUGGUUGAUGUUGAAGUAAUUGACCGCCGAAAACUACAACGAGCUCUAAAUUUCACAAGUGCAGUUGUACAUCCAGAGAUUUUCGUUAGAGAGGAUGAUGAAGACAUGUUCUAG